CGGGAGCUACAUGGAAGAGUCAUGCUUUCCUCUGCAGCUUAGUUUCUGGUCAUGGCCAAGCAGUACGACGUGUUGUUCAGGCUGCUCCUGCUCGGAGACUCGGGGGUUGGGAAGACCUGCAUGUUGCGCAGGUUCACGGAGAGUGAAUUUGAUCCUGCGCAUAUCUCCACCAUCGGAGUUGAUUUUAAAAUGAAAACACUAGAAAUAGAUGGAAUCAAGGUGCGAGUACAGAUAUGGGACACGGCUGGUCAGGAGCGUUACCAGACCAUUACCAAGCAGUACUACAGGCGGGCGCAGGGUAUCAUCUUUGUAUACGACAUCACGAACAAGCCGUCCUUUCAGCACCUAGCGAAGUGGGCCAGCGAUGUGGAUGAAUAUGCCCCAGACAUGGUGCAGAGGAUUUUGGUAGGAAACAAGUCUGAUGAGGAGCACAGGAGGCAGGUGACAAAGGACCAAGGAAGCAAGCUAGCAGAAACCUAUGGGAUGGAGUUCUUCGAGACCAGUGCCUCCACCAGCAGUAACAUCAACGAGUCCUUCACUCGAGUGGCAGAACUGGUGCUGCAGGCUCACAAGAGAGACUUGGACACCUUGCUGGGAUCUCUGGAUGAUUAUCUGGAGAAGGUCGCUUUGGAGGAAGAGAAGGGCAGUGAAGAUGCCGCCGACAGCAGCCGGAAGACCUGCGCCUGUUAGAGGCCCUCAAGCUAAAGACAUUUGUUCUGCCUUGUCCAAGUCCUGCUGUGACUUGCGGCGAAGUCAGUGAAGUUAGGUGGUAGUGAGUGCAGUUAGCAGCAGCCACCAGCAGAGGGCCAACUUUGUUGCAUGAUCACUGAACUCUGUAGCCAGUGAGGAGUGUAUCUGCACUGCAUGAAGGCAGCUCUGUGUCCAUUUGCUCCGGCAAAACUAUCACUACACAUCAUCUCUUCAUUUCCCCUGGUAAAAUGCACUAUUUAAUCAAAUCACUGUAUUCCAUCAUCUUUCCUUUCUUGUUACUUUUUAAAAAUUUGAUCCGCAGGGUACCAAUCUACAAAUUAACUGGGAACUUGUGCAUACAUGUCAAAGAAAUAUGUUUCUUAAGUUGCAAUAAGCAUGUAUGCUGCAACAAGGUGGCCAGAGGACACAGCUGAAUUAUUCACAAGUCGAAACUCAAACCAAGCAGGGAUGGAUUCAUUUACACAAUGACCUUAUUUCCUCAAAGGAGACAGGGUUGUGCCAUUUUCAGUGACCUUUAUGAAUGCAGUACAUGUUAUUCACCAUGCUGAAUGUAUGUACAGUUUGUUUUAUGAAUGUGACUGCCAUGCCCUCAUGCAUGUUAUGCGUUUAAGCUGCGUUAGUGCUGCUUAAAAUAAUGUUUUCAGGGUCUGCUGAGGUGCCAUAGAAAUGCAAUUUUAAUCUAAUGUUUGAAACUGACGGAUGUUGCAAAAAA